GUGAGGGGUUCACCUCCAUUACCCUCAGAGGAAGAAUACAAUAAAUUCGAAGAAAGAUGGAAGACUUGUCAACAUUUCCGUAUGGGAGAGUAUUGUAACCAGGAUGUAACGAAUAAAGUAUGGGACACAUUGAAAAUAUGGAACCUAGAUGUGUGGAGCAAGAAUGGGAACUUCGCCACUGGAAUUGUAAGAAACUAUUAUUACGCCUGUAUGAAGAACACAGGGAACGCAUCCGAUAACACACCUUGUUAUUUUUUAUACUUCUGGAUAGGUGCUAAAUUAAAUGAAAAUUUGAAAGAUGGUCAACAACUGCAAAGAGUCAUGAAUUCAAUAUAUGAUAAGCUAAAAAAUUUCCAAUUUAAGUAUAAAAACAGUAAUAAAUGCAAUAAUAUAUAUCCUCAUAUGAACACAUACCUCUUCGAACAUGCUAAGAACCUGUUCGACUGGAAAUAUAACUAUGAUGCCCUGAAGAAGCGGGCGCAGCGUGGUGAAUGCUCCUGUAUUGAAAAGUACACCGCACAACUGGAGAGUGCUAAAUCUACAUAUGGGACUGUAAGUAGUAUUUGUGAAAACGGUGGUCCCGAUGAAUAUUGUACAAAAUUUAAUAGCGUACGUAAUCAAUGGAACCCGCAGAAUCUACCAAAAUUAGAGUGCAAGGAACCUAGUGCUGGUGACGACUUCGACCGUGGCGACGCCGUGGUAGAUGGUGCUGAUGAUGAGCAACAACCAUCGAAGACGAAACCUAAACCGAACCCAAACCAGGCCGGAUCCUCUGGUUCUUUUAGUGACGCCGACCUGACCGACGGCGUCAGUGGAGGGGAAGGAAAAGGUGGUUCUGAUGGGGGUGUUAGUUACAGAAUAGAAGGUGAAGAAGCUCGUUACACAACCUUAUUUUCUUGGAUAAAAAACUUCUUUGGAAGGAAUAGAAAAAGAGAGUCCGUUCUACAUGAAUUAAACGCCUCCUCGGACGGUACAUCUAUAGAUUAUACAAGAUCAAACCUAACAGGAACCGAUUACAUGACGGAAUAUUCUAUUCCAUAUACAUCAUCCUUCAGGUGA